AUGGAGUUGAAGGUGAACCGAGCAUUCUUCAUCCGUGAAAUCCGCGAUACUGAGACCAUCAUAAAUGAAAAGAACUUGGGUGAUUUCUCGAAGACUAUUUUAAAUCAUACCAGUAACAAUGAGGCCUACAUUCAAGCUCUGGUUUUAACAUCUACUCGUGAUUUGGCACAACAGGUUACUAAAGAAAUAAAAGAGAUAGCCGACAUCGUGUUGAUCAAAGUGCAUGCCUGUAUUGGAGGAACAUCUGUCGAUGAUGAAAAGUUUGCUUUAGCGCAAGGUGCUCAUGUUAUCGUUGGCACGCCGGGGCGCGUUAAACACAUGAUUGAGCUUGGAUUUCUA